AAAGAAGGAAACACGUAAAUCAGUGUGUAAAGAAAGAGAGAAGCAGAGCCACCCUUGGAGAGGUCGCGCAGAAGAGAGCACACAGCGCCUUUCUGCAGGGGAUCAUUAGGAAUCUGCGCGCACUGUAUCUCCCCCCGUGCGCACGCGCGCGCGUGUGUGUGUUUACAAGUGUUUGAACGAGUGCCACAAACGAGGUAAGAAGGAGGAUCAAGCCAAGGAAGGAGGGAUGGUGGACAAUUCAGGCAGUAGUAAGGCGCAAAUGCCCAGCAUGUCUCAGGAGCCUGGUGUGGCCUUUCCUCAGAGCACCUCUACAGGGGGGAUGAAGCUGGAGGCUGUAAUGGAGCAGCUCCAGCGCCAGCAGCAGGCCCGACUGGAAAUGGAGCGCAAGGAGAGGAAGCUGCGAGAGGCCCACAUCAUGUAUGCUCAGCAGGUUGCUGCCCAGCAGGCCAUCCUGGCAGCUGCCCGGGCUUCUGGGGCCAGCUUCAUGGGCAAAGGCCUGGCUGGAGUGGUCCCUGGUGGCGGGUUGCCUCUCCGGGUGUCCAAUCAGAGCAGUGUGGACUCUGAAAGGGAGGAUGACGAGGACAGAGGCCGGGAUUCUGGGGAUGAGGACGAUGACAAUGAGAUGAUGGAGGGGGACGAGGGCAGUGAUGAGGAUGAGAGAAGUGCCAGCGGUCUGGAGUUCCUCCGCAAGCAGACCCUGGCUUUGCAGCAAAGCGCCUCCCGCAUCCCGGCCCGUCCUUUUGGUAGUUACUCUGCUUCGGCACCUCAUAGGUCUGCAUCCCCACCUAUCAGAGUGAAGCAGGAACCUGAUGAGGGCCUGUCUCCUGCGGGGCCCCACUCUGCUACCUCUCCUAACGGACAGGCAGACUGGGGCUUUGAUGAUCAUUUCAGACAGAAUGGGAGUGCCGGCUGGGCAGAUGAGGCCGACAGUAGCAGAGGAAGAGGAGAGGCGUCCAGAGACUUUGCUAAGGCAGCACAGGGAGACAGGGAGAGGCAGGGAGAAAGCAGUGGCCAGACAGGGACAUCUGGAGAUACAAAUGAUCAGCUGUAUGAACUGGACUCUGACCCCAAAAGGAAGGAGUUUUUGGAUGACCUCUUCACAUUCAUGCAGAAGAGAGGAACCCCAGUCAAUCGCAUCCCCAUCAUGGCCAAGCAGGUCCUGGAUUUGUACAUGUUAUACAAGCUGGUGACAGAGAAGGGAGGCUUGGUGGAGGUUAUCAACAAGAAGAUCUGGAGAGAAAUCACAAAGGGACUCAACCUGCCAACCUCCAUCACCAGUGCAGCUUUCACCCUGCGCACACAGUAUAUGAAAUACCUGUACCCGUAUGAGUGCGAGAGGAAAGGCCUCAGCUCCCCGGGUGAGCUCCAGGCUGCCAUCGACAGUAACCGGCGCGAGGGUCGUCGUCCGAGCUACAGCAGCAGCCUCUUCCGCUUCUCUCCAUCUCCCAGCACAGCUCCCCACAUCCUCUCACCUCCCAAGAUGCACCUUUCAGUUCUGGGGGCAGGUACCUCAGGGGCCCUCAACGGCCUUCAGGCUUCACCAGGACCCUCUCUGAAGAAAGAAGACCUGACCCCCUCCAUCAUGGCGGCGAGACCCUCCAUGGCGCUGGCCCUGGGUCAGCAGCAGGUUGCAGGUUUGGCAAGAGCCGCCACGUUGGAGCAGCUGAGAGAAAAGCUGGAGACCAGCGGUGGAGGAGAUGGGCCAGAGAGGAAGAUGGCCCGCCUGGCGGAAGAGCAGCAGCGCCUGAUGCAGCAGGCUUUCCAACAUAACCUGCUGGCCAUGGCUUCCCAAAUGCCCAUGAACCUGCGCAUCGGAGCCCCCACCAUUACCACCAGAGAUGAGAAGCAGCAGGACAUGUCUCUGAGCAUCUCAACCAAUGGAAAUGCCAGCAUCACUGUCUCAGUGGAGGUCAAUGGCACAAUCUACUCAGGAACUCUGUUUGCCCAGAAGUCUGGAGGGGCCCCUGGGCCUGCUGUGUCGGCAGCUGCUGCUUCAGCCUCCCCUGCUGGAACCAGCACUAGCUUUGGCUUCUCUGCACCCCUGGCUCAGACCCUCAGCCCCUCGUCCUCCUCCUCCUCCAAGGGUCCCAGCUCGGCUGAGCCGGCCCCCAGCGGGUCACCCUAACUCAGGCUGCCCUUUGUACCUGCUCCCCAGGCCUCUCUUCCACCGGGAGGCCCAGCAAGAAUAUACAGUACAAUGAGAAACCGAUAAGAAUAACAGACUGUUGCACAACAAAUACCUCAUCAACCCUGUCAACCUCUUGGCUGUCCAAUCAUGAACACAGAGCCCAAGAUUAUUAUAUGACAACACGUGCCCUAACGCACAGCUAUGCAGUGUAUUCAACAUACAAACACGCACUACACUACAAACACACACAACAACAACAUAUACAGACACACACUCUACACAUAAACACACUUGUUAAUCCAAAUGUACAUGCUAAACACAAUCAGCUCAGCCAAAACCCACUGACAGGUGUAGUCACAACUGAACUUGAAAAGUUUUAUCUUACGACAUUUUGUUUGUUUGUUGCCAUUUUGUUGUCUUUUUGAUUUUGUGUUUUAGAAUGAUUUUUUUUCUCUCUCUCUUUUUACAUACCUCAAAUCAAGUAACCUGCAGUGGUGUCUUUACCUCAGGAGCUGUAGUAUAUUUAACCCAAAUCAAA